UUACCCAGUCAGGUGCUCUCUCUCCUCUCUACCCUCUCUACACCACCCUCACUCGACUCAGACAUGUCCUACGGCGGCUACGGCGGCGGCGGCGGCGGCGGCUACGGCGGCGGUGGUGGCUACGGUGGUGGCGCUGGUGGCUACGGCGGCGGCGGUGCCGGUGGCUACGGUGGCGGCGGCUACGGCGGCGGCGGUGGCGGCUUUGGCGGCGGUGGAUUCGGCGGUGGCGGCGACCGCAUGAGCAACCUCGGCGCCGGCCUCCGUGCCCAGAACUGGGACCCGGCAUCGCUCAGCAAGUUCGAGAAGAACUUCUACGAGGAGGACGCCCGUGUCGCCGCUCGCUCGGAGCGCGAGGUCGCCGAGUUCCGCCGCGAGAAGGAGAUCCAGGUGUUCGGCAACAACGUCGCCAAGCCCGUCACCAACUUCGAGGAGAUGAACUUCCCGUCGUACAUCCUCGCCGAGAUCAAGCGCGCCGGCUUCACCGCCCCGUCGCCCAUCCAGUGCCAGUCGUGGCCCAUGGCCCUGUCGGGACGCGACCUCGUCGCUGUGUCGGCCACGGGCUCGGGUAAGACCAUCUCGUUCGCCCUCCCCGCCAUGAUCCACAUCAACGCCCAGCCGCUCCUCGCGCCCGGCGACGGCCCCAUCGUCCUCAUCCUCGCCCCGACGCGUGAGCUCGCCGUCCAGAUCCAGGAGGAGUGCACCAAGUUCGGCUCGUCGUCGCGCAUUCGCAACACGUGCGUCUACGGCGGCGUGCCCAAGGGCGGCCAGAUCCGCGACCUGCAGCGCGGCUCCGAGAUCGUCAUCGCGACCCCGGGUCGCCUCAUCGACAUGCUCGAGUCGGGCAAGACCAACCUGCGCCGCGUCACGUACCUCGUCAUGGACGAGGCCGACCGCAUGCUCGACAUGGGUUUCGAGCCCCAGAUCCGCAAGAUCCUCGACCAGAUCCGCCCCGACCGCCAGACGCUCAUGUUCUCGGCGACGUGGCCCAAGGAGGUCCAGAAGCUCGCCCACACGUACCUCAAGGACUUUAUCCAGGUCACGAUCGGCUCGCUCGAGCUCUCGGCCAACCUCAGCAUCACCCAGAUCGUCGACGUCUGCUCCGACUUUGAGAAGCGCGGCAAGCUCAUCAAGCACCUCGAGAAGAUCUCGGCCGAGAACGCCAAGGUCCUCAUCUUCAUCGGCACCAAGCGCGUCGCCGACGACCUCACCAAGUACCUGCGCCAGGACGGUUGGCCCGCGCUCGCCAUCCACGGCGACAAGCAGCAGCAGGAGCGUGACUGGGUCCUCGGCGAGUUCAAGAGCGGCCGCUCCCCCAUCAUGAUCGCCACUGACGUCGCAUCUCGUGGUCUCGACGUCAAGGACAUCGGCUACGUCAUCAACUAUGACAUGCCCAACGGCAUCGAGGACUACAUCCACCGCAUCGGUCGCACCGGUCGUGCCGGCGCCACGGGUACCGCCUACAGCUACGUCACCCCGGACCAGGGCCGUCUCGCCAAGGACCUCAUCAAGAUCUUGUCGGACGCCAAGCAGGUCGUCCCGCCUCAGCUCCAGGAGAUCGCCCAGUUCGGCGGCGGCGGCGGCGGUCGCGGCGGUGGAGGCCGUGGUCGUGGCGGCGGGGGCGGUGGCCGUGGCUACGGCGGCGGUGGCGGUGGCGGGUACGGCGGCGGUGGAUACGGUGGCGGCGGCGGUGGCUACGGCGGUGGCGGCUCGCGGUGGUGAGCGUGUGGCUCGACGAGGAGGAGCGGGAGGACGCGGCGUCGUCGUUUGCGCUUGUCAGGGCGCUUGUGUUUGUGUGUGACUCUCUCUCUCUCUCUCAUCGCUUUUUGUGGCAACUCUAGACAAGCCUCACUGUGCUUUACAUUCAUCAUGUC